AUGGCCGCAGCAAUAGCAGCUUUAUUAUUGAUGCAGGAAGAAGUUUCUGAGAAGGUGAAACGGAAAAUUUUAAGAGACCGCAGCAAUUUGUUGGAGCUGCCAGAGUCAGCAUUCAUUGCACAAUAUCGCCUGAACAAAGACGCAUUCAUUAUGGUGCUAGAUAUCGUAAAACCCCACUUGCCUGCAUCUAGCAUUCCACCAUUGCUAAAGCUAGCGGCAGUCUUGCAAUUUCUAGCCAAAGGUUCUUAUCAGCGGUCGGUUGGGAAUGACUCUGGCAUAAGCCUAGGUAGAAGCACAGUGUCACUAGUUCUGAGUGAAGUGCUGAAAAUUAUGGAACGUUUCAUUUGCCCUCGUUGGGUGAAGCUUACAAUGGAUAGCAAUGAGCAGCUUAAAUCGAGAAACUAUUUCUACAGCAAAUUUAAGAUUCCCUCUAUCAUUGGCUGCAUCGAUGGGACACACAUUAAAAUUAUAAAGCCUAUUGUGGACGAGCAUUUAUUUUUUAAUCGCAAAGGAUAUUUUAGCAUGAAUGCUAUGAUUAUAUGCGACAGCGCUAUGAAGAUACGUGCGGUAGAUGCUCGGUAUCCUGGCUCCAGCCACGAUGCAUUCAUCUGGAAUAUUAAUGACGCACGGCAAAGUUUUCUUAGGGAGUGUAUUAAAAAGCCGUUUUCGAUGUUUAUUGGGGACGUUGCACUAUUCCCCGGAAAAAGUAAUACAGAUUGUCAACGUGUGCUGUGCAUUGCACAAUAUCUGCAGAAGCUACGACAUUAG